CACUCCACAUCUUCGCAACACUCACGUCCACAAACACAAAAAUCGACCUCCCUCAACAAACCAACAAUGGCGGCCGAGAAGAGCAGCUCCGACCUAACCCUCCUGGACUUCUGGGUCUCGCCGUUCGGGCAGCGCGUCCGCAUCGCGCUGGCCGAGAAGAGCCUGCCCUACGAGUACGUCGAAGAAGACCUGCUCGCCGGCAAGAGCGACCGGCUCCUGCAGUCGAACCCGGUCCACAAGAAGAUCCCGGUGCUCCUCCACGGCGGCAAGCCCUUGAACGAGUCCCUCAUCAUCGUGCAGUACCUCGACGAGGCCUUCCCGGACACCCCCUCCCUCCUCCCCGCCGACCCCUACGCGCGCGCGCAGGCCCGCUUCUGGGCCGACUACGUCGACAAGAAGGUCUACGACUGCGGCUCCCGGCUCUGGAAGCUCAAGGGCGAGCCGCAGGCGCAGGCUAGGGCGGAGAUGCUGGAGAUCCUCAAGACCCUCGAGACGGAGCUCGGGGACAAGGAGUUCUUCGGCGGGGAGCACGGGUUCGGGUUCGUUGACGCCGCCUUCGCGCCCUUCACGCCGUGGUUCAUGAGCUACGAGAAGUACGGCGAGUUCAAGGUCGCUGAGGUUGCGCCCAAGAUUGCGGCGUGGGCCGAGAGGGUCGGCAAGAGGGAGAGCGUGGCCAAGAGCCUCUACUCGCCGGACAAGGUCUACGACUUCAUCGGCGUCCUCAAGAAGAUGUACGGCAUCGAGUAGAUUCGGCAAUAAUCUGGCUGGGCGCGACGACGAUGCA